AUGAGCGAAAAGAUACGUAGAUCUUCUCGUAGUAAUAAAGGCACCAACAAGUAUUUGCAGAAUCAGAGGUUGGCGGAAUUGGAAUAUGUCAAAGCGAGACAGGCACACCAUGACAACACCGAGGGUAAUGAGGGCGGCGUAGAAGUUGUGAAAUGUCUUGUCUGCGGUACCACUGACGACAAUUAUGAUGAGGAAAACGAUCCCAACGGAGACAUGAUUCAGUGUGACACUUGUAAUACUUGGCAACAUAUCAAAUGCAUGACCGGUGGAGAAAGCGCAGAAGGUCUUGACAAUUACGAGUGCAGCUUGUGCUCACCUUCAUCUCAUCCAGACUUGGAAUACGUUAUUGAUCCUGCUACGUGGCAGAAGAAAAGCCGCGCAAAGGUGCGCGAACGCGACGAUGAUGAAAGUAACUACGAGGGAAAUGAGCCACAAGGCGACCAAGAAGACAUUCCAGAUGAAGUGGUCCGACGCCCUACUAAACGCAAAAAGGACGAUAGAUCGGGGAAAAAGAAACUCCACCCUAACCAUGAUCAAGAGUCCAAACUAAGAGACUCUGCGUUGAAAAUGUUUGGCGAGCUAUUCACAAGGUAUGUUAUCCCAGAAACCGUCGCGGCUCAAAAAUUCCAUCUUCCUCCAAAAACAUCUGUAAAAGAACUUUCCGAAAAAUUGGCAGGUGAACUUGAGCAAGAGUUAUACGCGGCAAACCACAAUCAAGAGACGACUAAUUUGAACGACAGUUAUAAGGAGAAAGUAAGGGUCCUCUAUUCCAAUUUGAAAGAUAAAAAGAAUAUCAACAUGAAAACGCUUGUCAUCAAUGAGGUGCUAUCGUUCAGCAAACUCGUGAAGAUGUCUGUAAACGAACUCGUUAACCCUGAUCUCCAACAUUUCAGAGAAAGAGUGGACAGUGAGGCAUUAAACCAGCUUGUAGUGGAACAACCGCAUAAACCAAUGUAUCAUAAAACACACAAAGGUGAAGAAUUAAUAGAAGAUCCAAACGCAUAUGAGCCAGAAGACAUCAUAUUCAAUAAAGACAUUUUAGCGGCAAAAUUGGAAGCACGAAUGAAAGAUUCCGAAAAUGCGGUUGGUGGAGAUACACCAGCCGAAGAAACAUCAAAAAAUCAAGGCGUUGACGCUGAUGGUAAUGCACACAACAGUGAGAUUCCUAGAAAAAUUUCGGAACCAGAAAAUUCGUGGAAAUGCAGCAUGGAGUAUAAAGAGAUUCACGCCGACUUUUCAGGCACUGUCGAUUACAUUGGGUCCUCAGAAGAGAUCAGCAAUACGGUACGACGCGACGCAAUCGGAGAUGGUGCUUUUGUGAUGGAAGGAAGAUUAAAGGAUGAGGACGCCGAAAGUUACCUGCAGCAAAUGUCCUCCAGUAGAACUUUUGUUGCCUAUCUGCUCAAGCCGCAGAACAAUGCCCACGAUUCCGGACAGUUUGAAGAGCUAUAUGAAUUUCUACAAAGCAGGCAACGCUAUGGGGCACUCAUGUCCAAAAGAAAAUACGUACGACACGUCUAUGUGAUCCCAUGCACAGCGGGGGAUGACCUGAAGGUUUUUAACUAUUUCAAGUCUCUGAGAGAUCAAAAAGACCUUAUACAAGAAAACAGUUUUUUGGUAGUGGCCAUAGUCCGGACAGAUAUGCUGGAUGUAACCUAG